GCCGGAGACCCUCAGCCAGCUCUUUACGACCCCAGACCACUAAUUGCAUCUUCUAACGAUCUGUUCUUCUCCUCCUCCUCCAGUAUAUCCGAUAAUCUUGCACCCCGUGCUUGUUACCCAUCAUGUCCGGCUACGAUCGAGCUCUUUCAGUAUUCAGCCCUGACGGGCACGUCUUCCAGGUGGAAUAUGCCAUGGAAGCUGUUAAGAGAGGUACCUGCGCCGUCGGCGUAAAAGGCAAGGACGUGGUGGUCCUCGGCUGCGAGAAGCGCUCGGCUCUCAAGCUCCAAGACACCCGCAUCACCCCCUCGAAGAUCGCCAUGGUCGACAACCACGCCGUGCUGGCGUUUGCCGGCCUGAACGCCGACGCCCGGAUCCUGAUCGACAAGGCCCGCCUGGAGGCACAGUCGCACCGCCUGACCGUCGAAGACCCCGUUACCAUCGAAUACAUCACCAAGUACAUCGCCGGGGUGCAGCAGCGGUACACGCAGAGUGGAGGUGUGCGGCCCUUCGGGAUCAGUACGUUGGUGGUGGGCUUUGAUCCCAACGACCGCACGCCGCGGCUGUACCAGACGGAGCCGUCGGGCAUCUAUUCGGCCUGGAAAGCCAACGCCAUCGGCCGCUCCAGCAAGACGGUCCGCGAGUUCCUCGAACGCAACCACCAGGAUGACAUGGACCGCGAACAGACCAUCCAGCUCACCAUCAAGUCCCUGCUGGAGGUGGUGCAGACGGGCGCCAAGAACAUCGAGGUAGCCAUCAUGGCGCCCGGCCAGGCGAUCGAGAUGCUGCCGGAUGACCAAAUCGAGGCGUACGUCAAGAGCAUAGAGACGGAGAAGCAGGAAGAGGCCGCCAAGAAGAAGACGGCCCGCGGCGGGACUACGACGGCGGCGAUCCUCACUCGCCCUGGUGGUGGUGAGACCGGUGAGUCGUCUUGAGUUGGAGAAUUCUAGAUGAGAGAGAGAUGAAGACAAUAGUGGUUUUACUUUAUCCCCUAAGCGCUGUGCUAUGUUCGAACCAAUGAAAUACUUGUC